AAAAGAGCGGCCAGCCUAGGACUUCAGGAAAACAGACAGAAUUUGAAAUUCUCGUUUGUUAACACCUUUACUAGAAUUAUUAAGGCCUCAUAGCUUGCAAUCUAAUUUUUGUGUUUGGUUAAUUACAUUGAUCUUCAUUUUGUUUUUGCAAAUAAAUUUUGGUUCCAGACCACAAACGUUUCCAUUAAUUCAUAGUAAGUUUUUCAAUAAGUUAAAAAAACCCAUCGAAUUUGUAUUGGCUGUUGAUGACAAUCAUGGUAUGAAACACUUCCAAAAGCUUUCAAAAGAAAUACUGAACAAAGUGGGUCAGUUGUUAGUGGUUCAAGAAGUUAUUGGCAGCAGAAGAUCAUUCACCAUGCAAAUCUUAGAAAUAGCAACUGCUGGUGUCAUAGCUGGUGGAAUUGGUUUGGUUGUUGGAUGGUUCUUGAAAACUAAGUAUGGAACCAAGUUAGUAGUUGCAAAUAAUGGAGAUCUAAGCGAACCAGUCAUAGCCACGGAUGGUGAAUUUAAAAUGGUUCUUGUUGUUAGAAAUGAUUUAAAAAUGGGGAAAGGAAAGGCAGCAGCACAGUGUGCCCAUGCUGCUGUGGGAUGUUGUGAAAAUGCUCUUCAGACACAUCAAGAGGCUUUAUCAUAUUGGAGACAUCAUGGUCAGCCUAAAGUUGUAGUUAAAGUGGAAGAUGGACCAACAUUAAUGGCUCUAUAUAAAAAAGCAAUGAAUUCAGGAUUACCAUGUUGUGUUAUAUCUGAUGCUGGUAGAACACAGAUACCAAGUGGCUCUAAAACUGUAUUAGGUGUUGGUCCAGGUCCAGCUUGUCUUGUUGAUGAAAUAACCGGACAUCUCAAGUUAUAUUGAGGAUGAUUAAAGAAUAAUGAAAGCUUUUAAGGGAUGUUUUAUAAAUUGUUGUACAUAUACCAUCAACUUGUUUUUUUUUUGUAAAAAUAUAUUACGUGAAUUAUGUAAAAAAUGAUUAUUUUAUUCAUAAUAACAACAAUACAAAAACAUAACAGCUUAUUGGCAAGUAGAUACAUGUCAUCCUGAGGAAUUUAAUGACCAAAGUUGAUUACUGAGGGUGACAUGAAACAUUUAAAUGCUUGAUAUCACUUUUAGUCCAAGAUCAUUAGGCAUUAUCUGGAAAUUUUUCUAAAGAAGCUGAUUUUUCAGGCAUCUCCAGAACUAUCAUAAUAUGUAGAAUCACUGAUUAAAUCUAAUGUAAUACCCG